AUGAAUACGAAAAGGCAGAACGAAGAGCCGGAGCUGGAGCCUUCUGCCGGAGAGGAUGACGGCAUCAUUCUCAGUCAGCAACUGUUUUGCACACCGGAUUACUUAACUCCGGAAGAUCAGUUUCCUUUGAAAGGCUUCCAUAGUGACAUCGACAAGGUGGAGGAAGAUGACCCAUGCCCCAAGUCACCCCGGAAGGAGAAACCGUAUGAAACCAAAUUCAAAAGACGCAGAGUGGAGGACGGUGAUACUCUCAGUUUUACCGAUGAUGGUGAACCAGUUGUGAAACUUGGCAGUAACCAUGAGCCAUUUGUGGGAUUUGAGAGUCAUUUUGAUCGAGUAGAAGACUUUCAUAUAUUAAGGACUCAUACGUCGCGUUCUGCUGGAUGCCGGCCUCCUCUUUGCAAUAGAAACUCCUUUUUGAACAGCAAUUCAGAGGACGAAGAGAACAUUUUUAGAAUCCAAACAUUAAAAUGGAAUGACUAUGGAAAUGGUCCACCUUCCAUUAUUGGUAGUAAUGGUUCGUCACGCUAUAUCAAUGACUUUCGUGAGAUUAAGGAAAUUGGUAAAGGAAACUUUAACAAAGUUUUUAAAGUAAUGAACCGAUUAGAUGGCUGCAUGUAUGCUGUGAAACGUACCAUCGAAAGGUUGCGUACGGAACCAGAAAGGCUUAAAGCUUUUAACGAAGUUCAAUCUUUGGCUGCCAUAGGGCGCCAUAAAAAUAUAGUGACAUACUAUUAUUCUUGGAUUGAGGUUGAACAAAUGUAUACUCAGAUGGAGUUUUGUGAUCACAACUUAUCUUAUGAAAACUGUCCAAUAUUGCUUACCGAACGACAUGAACUGCAAGUUUUAUAUCAGGUUUCUAGUGCAUUGCAAUUUAUACAUGAAAAGGGAAUAGCUCAUCUUCAUGUCAAGCCACAAAAUAUUUACGUCAAAGAUGGCAUUUAUAAGCUUGGUGGUUUUCGAUGUGCGACUCUAUUAGACAAUAGCUUGCAUGUUGAAGCGGGUGAUGCACAGUACAUGCCGCCGGAGAUUCUCAAUGAGAAUUAUGAUCACCUAGGGAAGGCAGAUAUCUUCUCCCUAGGAGCUUCCAUGUUUGACAUAAUUCAAAGAUCACGUUUGCCAAAAGCAGAAACUGAGUUCUCUAAACUUAAAGAGGGAAAGGUGCCACACUUGCCUGGAGUUACAAUCCAGUUUCAAAACUUGCUCAAGGUCAUGAUGGACCCUGAUCCUCUUAAGCGUCCUUCUGCCACUGAGAUAUUGGGAAAUUCAAUAUUCAGAGGAUCCCUUAAAAUGACAUAAGUUUGACAGGUUCUGGUAAUUUUUAUUUUGGAGGACUUGACCAUGUAUAAUGUAAUUGGCCAACUUUGUGUCCUAUUUUUUGGAACAUGUAUAUUUUGAAUGUAGUACAUAUUGUA